AUGGAGGAAUCAACGCUCCAGUGGAGUGCAUCGUCGCGCUCUCCCACGCGUGGUUUCAGAGCGGCAAACGACGGUGAUGGUCUGAAAACGCAGGAACCCGAGCUCGACAUGCAGGAGAGGGAGCGUUUGGACCGCCACGGCGGGAAGAAUCCUUCCGUCAGCCUCAACAACAGUAACGUCGCCGUAGUCGUGCACAACUCCUCGAUGGGAAACUCCAUGUGGUACUGGGUAGGACGAAUGGACGACGUAGCGCAGAAAAUAUUCUGGUCAGCCGGGCGACAUUUCGACUACGGAGUUUCUCCAAGCGUUACGCUGAAGGAUAGCGGACUGGUUGUGGAGACUCAUCGGUCGCAGUGCACACACGAGCUCAAGUACACCAUCGGUAGAGUGGACGGGGAUUUCAUCAAGUGGGGAAAGCCACACACGUACGCGAACGGCACCGAAGCGUCGGUAGCCGUCAACAACAGCGACACGGUAAUAGUCGAAGUGCAUGCGACCGACGACAAGCACAUAGACUACAAAGUCGGAGAGGUUUCUGCGAAAUCGAUUCAGUGGAGCUCUUCCAGUGCAAUCGGAUCGGGAACAGUACCACGUGUGGCUAUCAAUGAUGACAACACGGUGGUGGUAGUGUACCAGUCAAUUUCACACUGCGUGCUUAUGUGUCAAAUAGGGUUUGUCAACCAAAUGACGCUCUACUGGGGAAGGAGCAUUGAAUAUGCCAGUGGUAUCAACGGCAGUGUGUGCUUAGCAGCAAACAAUCGCCUGGUGAUUCUAAGACAAGGGUUGUGGUUGGACGAGAUGCUAUAUGGAGUUGCGAAAGUUAACCCACGGGCACGAGAAAUCGUUGAGGAAGGCAACAUUGAGAAAUGUCGAAACAGAAAGCUAUGCGAACACGAGGUGCCACAACAUGUUGACAAAGUUUUGUCGAGUGCCUAUUGGCAUCCAUCAGUGUCUAUCAACAAUCAAGGAAUGGUUUUGACUGUUUAUGGUGGCACAAACAGCAAAAAAGGCCGAAUGUUGUGGUACCAAGUGGGCAAAAUUGAUGAAAUGGAGGAUGAGGAUGACCCGUCCACUUAUCAUGAGAGUGACGAUGAGAAAUAUCUGAGUACACCUUCAGAUGAAUGCUAA